UGACUGUCCGUUUAUGAUAGGCUGACAGCGUCAGGGGUCAAAGGUCGGCGGUAGCUAUGAUUCUCCACAGACCAGUCAAACAUGGAGUCUAUCUUCCACGAAAAACAAGAAGGCUCUCUGUGUGCGCAGCACUGCCUGAACAACCUGCUGCAGGGAGAAUACUUCACUCCUGUUGAUCUCUCCUCUAUCGCACAGCAGCUGGAUGAAGAGGAGAGGAUGAGGAUGGCUGAAGGGGGUUUGCUGAGUGAGGAGUACAGGACUUUUCUACAGCAACCUUCCGGAAACAUGGACGACAGCGGCUUCUUUUCUAUUCAAGUGAUAAGUAACGCUCUAAGUGUUUGGGGUUUGGAGCUGAUCCUCUUCAACAGCCGCGAGUACCAGCGACUAAUGAUAGACCCAGUAAAUGAAAAAGCCUUUAUAUGUAACUACAAAGAGCAUUGGUUUACAGUACGAAAACUUGGACAUCAGUGGUUUAAUUUGAACUCAUUGUUAACGGGACCAGAGCUGAUAUCAGAUACGUACCUUGCACUUUUCCUAGCACAAUUACAGCAAGAAGGCUAUUCCAUUUUUGUGAUUCGAGGGAAUUUGCCUGAAUGUGAAGCAGACCAACUUUUGCAGAUAAUGAGGGUGGAACAACAGCAUCGACCAAAACUCAUAGGAGAGGACGAGGCCCAGACAAGCGGGCAGAGGACCACUGCGCAGCAUGGAGUGGAGACGCAACAUGGUAUGGAACAGGGUGUAGUAGAUGAGGAUGAUGAGGAGCUGAGAAAAGCAUUGGCUCUUAGCAGACAGGACAUUGAAGUGGAGGAUGAGGAAGCUGAUCUGCGCAGAGCCAUACAGCUCAGUAUGCAGGGUGCUUCAGGGAGCAACAACCCUAUAGUUCCCAAAGAGGGUAGUGCUGCAGUAGCUCCAGUUUCCACAGAAAGCACUACAGGCGGCCAGACAGAAAACUUAACAGCAGAGGAGCUCCGCAGGAGAAGACAAGCUUACUUUGACAGGCAGUCCCUGCAACAAGCUCAAUCCACCUCUCCACAUCAGCAGGACACAAAAACAGCUGGUGGAGAACAGGACACUGGUAGUAAACGCAGCCAGUGAACACAGUGGCUAUGGGGAUCUAUUUCCAGAGCUCUCUCGCAACCAACUACAAGCUGCCCGUCCAUCUGUUUUAAAGCGCAGCCUUUUCCCUCUAUAAAUGGCUUCAGAUUAUGAAUGACAAGAAGAAGCAGAUGGCCAUUCACCAUUAACACACCGCUCUGUGGGUCCACUCAUCGAAAGUAUCACAUGGACAUAACUAACAUUCACAUGGAAAAAUAAGCCCGUUCAUUCUUUACAGUUGUUACUUUACAAUUAUGAUAGGGGAAAAGGGAGGGCUUAGCAGCCCAGUAUAGUUCUUUCAUGCUUAAGUAUGGUAUGGCAUUUUUAUCACAGCAUCUCUAAAUGUAGUCAUAUAAUUUAGUAUAACUCAAAUGUUAUUUGAAUUCUCAAAUAAUAUCGAUCCAUCAUAGUUUUUCAGACUCAUGGAAGAGCACGUGUGGCCAAUGUAUUAAUCUGGUGAAUGAAAAGACAUAAUGUGAACCUGGGGGGAAAAUAGAAAGGAAACUAAAACCUUUCUUUAGGGUCCAGGAGCUACACAGGACCACUAGACCUGUUUGUGUACUGGAUGGACUACAUCUGGUCUUAGCUUUUUUUGCCAGGCAUAACUUGAGGGACCUUUUCUGUAUAAAUUCCGAUGCACUACCUGUCUUUGGUGGGGUAGUGUUCAAGGGCUGUUGAAGGUGGUUGAAGCUCUUUUCUCAAUACACAUUUCUUUGUUUUGGGUUCAGUGAAAGGUGUAGUUUGACCUUUUCAGUUAUAUCUGAACUUAGGAAAAAGUUAACAAGUCAGAUUAUGUGUACACCUGAAGUUGAACUCUGGCCUUCCAAAAUAAUGCUUCAUGUCUAUAGGAGGCUCCAGGAAGGGACAGUGUUUGUACUGUAUGGACAUGCAACGCUCAGUAAUGUAACGGAUACUGCUGUUCUUUCUUCAACAGCUUUUUGUUAGUCUUGUGUGUUUGCUUGUGUGUGUUUGUGUAUGCACCAAGCUCCCAUAGAGAGCACACAUGUUAAAGGAUAAUCUGCAUUAAUCACUGGAAUGUAAGUAUACAAUGUAUUGGGUCAUCCAGUAUGCUCUGGUGUAAUGUUUUCAAAUGGAAUUUUUUUCUCUCUCAAAUUCAAGAUCACAAAAGGCAAGAAUUUAUUUUCCCUGAUUAUCAAUGACCUUUCUUGUCUUUCCAACAUUUUUUUUAUUCCAUGCAUGAGGAAAUUGGCCAGCUUAGCAUUGAAGAAAUUAGCAUGCCAUUGAUUGAGCUCAUAAUCAUUGAAGGAAACUUUCUUGAGUUGGUUCUCAAAGGAGAGGAGUAAGAGAUCAUCCAGGGGCACAAGAUUAAGGUUGGAAUGGUGGAUGUGUAUCAGAACUUCUCAACCAAACUUUUUGAGUCACCAGUUUAACAAGAUAUGCAGCUUGACCUUUCAUCUAUUUCGUUUGGGUUUCAAAUUUCCAGAACAUCCUUAGAGAUACAGAAAAAUGCUACACGUAGUGUAAUAUAAAUCAAAGAAUAUAGCAUUAUCUUGUCAGGACAAAUUCUCUUUUCCAAUGUGUAUUCCAGGACUUAUUGGAAGACCCACCAUUACCGGGGCCGUUAUGCUAAGACGCUACUUAUUAUUCACUGCACUUCCAAUGCAGUAAAGUAAUGAAGCUUUACUGAGAGUGUUUACAGGUACCUCACACUGGAUUGUCCAGUGGUGCAACUAUCUAGAGAUGAUGAGUGUUGAGCAAGCAGUCACAUAAAAUGUGUGAUGCUAAUGUGUGUAUGGUGGUAGUGUAUAUAAAUAGGCUACUACAUGAUUUUUUUUUUUUUUUGGCCUUUAAAAAGGUAGUAGACAUUCAAGGCUUCUGUCUUAGAACAUACUCUUGCUCUCAGUCUGUGUUCUUUGUACUCAUGUACCAGUACUGUCAGAUUCAUUUAUCACUAUUCAUUUUUUUUAACCUUGUUAAAAUUAAAUGUUCUUUUUCCCAUGAA